CCCAUGUCGAGUCGAGCGCGAGAGACAGGAGCGUAAGCUUGUCCGCGAUCGUUUGUCCGCGUUCGACAGGUCUUUCAAAUAUCGUGUGUGCAAUCAUUAAACGGUAUAUCUAAAGAUAAUCAUAUUUAUAUAAUCAGUUUUCGAAAUAAAAAUUUGGGAAGACUUGGGAAGUGAAGACUGCGAAGGAACUAUAGUUAAUACAGGCUUGUGUGUGGGCAUAUAAUAGCCGAUCGGGCAUACUGGUGACACGAUUGCGGAUUUUCCUUCAGCAAGAAAGAACAUACGAAGCUCGCAAAGUGCAUGUGCUAGUGUGCGUGUCACUGGAAAGAGUUCAGAGCCGCUUCGGCGGCGCUCCCAAAUCUAACCGCAGAAUCGAGUCUGUGGUGGUGAGGCCGCGGCACUAUCGGGGCACGAUUGAGUACGAUCACGAUCGCACGCGGCGGGGCCGUUUGUAAUGGAGGAGGUUUCCGAGUGUAUUCCCGUGCGACAGAACAGUCACGGCGAUGCACGCCGUAUUGACUGAGACGCGAUAUCUAUCGUUGACUAUUCCUCCCGGCCGGCCGGGUGAAAGAGGCAGGUCGAAAUUGGUAUGGAAUCGUCCAGGGUCCUCGACACGACGAACACUCUCUCCCGUCUGUGAUAAUUACUAGCCCCUUAAAAAGAGAUAGAAGAAGGGAAAAAGAGAGAGAUAGAGCUGUGUGUGUUUCGCGCGUGUUCUCAUCUGCUCUCUUCAUUACGUUUUUAAGUGUAAACAUUUCCCAAAAUUCAUUUCGAGGUUAGGAUAGCAUGGGGAUUGAUCCCCUGAAGGCAUCGACCGACAAACCGUGACACCUGCGACUCGCCGUGUUACGGUGUGUGCGUGUGUGUGCGUGCAUAUGUGUAUUCUCCCAGGAAGCCGCUGGAGUAUUAUUUUUCAUCGGCGGCCAUCCAAGGGAAGACCAAAGAAGAAAAUAUGUCAAGAAUGGGGAUCGAUCCCCAAUUAAAUGCCGUGCAUCGUUUACAUCAUUAAUUCGAUCCGGGACUAAUAUUGGCAAUUUUUUAUCAUACAAUCGAUCCUUUCUGUCACGUUAAACAGACUGUCGCGGAUUAUUCUGCCACGACAGAGGACACUCGCACCAUGCAGAAAAGAGACGGUAGAGAUACACAGCUACAGCUCGCGCGUAGCUCUGAACGCGAACAGGAAACGACCAAGAGGAUCUCUCGUGGUAGCGGUAAUGCUACCAGAUUCAACGCGUAUUCCUCCAGGUACAGUGUCACCUCCUCCUCUAAUGUACUCAUGGUCGGUCCGAACUUCCGUGUUGGCAAGAAAAUUGGCUCUGGCAACUUUGGAGAACUUCGACUUGGAAAGAACCUCUACAAUAACGAGCAUGUAGCAAUUAAAUUGGAACCAAUGAGGUCAAAGGCGCCGCAGCUACACUUAGAAUAUAGGUUUUACAAAUUAUUAGGAACUAGUGAGGGUGUACCAGAGGUGUAUUACUUCGGUCCUUGCGGGAAGUACAACGCUCUCGUGAUGGAACUUCUCGGACCAAGUCUGGAGGAUCUGUUCGAUCUCUGCGGUAGGAGGUUUACCCUAAAGACCGUUCUCAAAAUCGCCACACAGAUCCUCUAUAGGAUAGAAUACGUUCAUAGUCGGCAUUUGAUCUACCGCGAUAUCAAGCCUGAAAACUUCCUGAUAGGACGAUCCACAACGAAACGGGAAAAGAUUAUCCACAUCAUCGAUUUCGGACUGGCCAAAGAGUACAUAGACUUGGAGACGAACAAACACAUACCGUAUCGGGAACACAAAAGCCUGACGGGCACAGCGCGUUACAUGAGCAUCAACACGCACCUUGGAAAAGAGCAGAGCAGAAGAGACGAUCUGGAAGCGUUGGGCAACAUGCUGAUGUAUUUCCUGCGUGGUAGCCUUCCGUGGCAAGGGCUGAAAGCGGACACGCUGAAAGAACGAUAUCAGAAGAUCGGGGAUACGAAGCGGAACACACCGAUCGAGAUUCUUUGCGAUGGGCAUCCCGAAGAAAUGGCUACGUAUUUGCGAUAUGUGCGUAGAUUGGAUUUCUUCGAGACGCCCGACUACGAAUACCUGAGGAAUCUCUUCAACGAUUUGUACGAGAAACGGGGUUUUGUCAACGAUGAAGAAUUCGACUGGACUGGCAAGACGAUGCCACACAACUUCGACCAGCUUAAAACUCUGAAGAUGGCACCUCCCUCUCACAUUGGGAAAACUAAAUCCGAAAAGUCUACACCUGUCGGAUCCUUGCAGACUGGACAAGAGAUUAUUGUAUCUCCAAAUCGUGAUCGGCAUCCGUACAAAGAUGUGACAGAACCAGGGGUGGGAGGCGGGGGCGGUAAAUGGGUGGGAACCUCGAGGACAGAUACUGCGAAGCAAUCAGGAGCUGGUGGUACAUUGACACCCGCUGAUAGGCACGGUUCUGUUCAGGUGGUAUCUUCGACGAAUGGAGAACUAGCCAAUGAUGAUCCUACAGCAGGACAUUCUAAUACGCCAAUUACUGCGCCUCAAGAAGUAGACAUGGUCGACGAAACGAAUGUUUGGUUUAUUUGCAGAUGCUGUUGUUUCUUCAAACGGAAGAAGAAGAAAAGUGGAAGACAAAAGUGACUGUCUGUUAUCGUCAGUCUUGGGGGGGACAAUACAGUGCGCGUGUAACAGAAGUGCAGAUGAAGUUUUUUUUUUUGGAGAAUGUGUUGCGGCAGUGCGUGAAAGGACCAUGGACAAGAAAAGAUGCAGCCGAUCCGCAAUAGGGGAGGCCGUUACCUUGCUACGUGCCGGAAGUCGAUCCGCUUCUCAAGAUUCGGUGCUGCACAUCAUCGUCACGAUGUCACGCCUCCGUCGUUAUCAAAUUAAACCACAGCCAUCAUUAUUAUCGCUAUUAUUACUACUAUUAUUAUCAUUAUUAUUAUCACGAUUAACUUUGCUCUUCUUCUUUUUCUUCUUACGAUUAUUAUUACGAUCACUAUUAUAAUAUUAUAUUAUUACUAUAUUAUUUUAUUAUUUUAUUAUUAUUAUUAUUAUUAUUAUUAUUAUUAUCGUUUAUGAUUAUCAUCGUCAUUUCGUGUACGAUCAUCGUUCAAAUGAAAGAAAAGAACAUCGUUUGUCAAUGUCGAUGUUAGCGAAUAUAUUGUAAACUUGUGACUGAAGAUAGUCGAGCCGUUGAUUUUCGAUCGUUUAAUACCGGCAAAUUGGUCUGCCCACGUAACACGCAUAUGCAAGAGAGUAAGGAAUUGACGUACGGAUGGCGAAAGAACGUGUUUGUGCCUCUCAUCUUGUUCCGCGGUGGCGCGCUUUUCAACACGUCAUCAUUGCGAAAUGUGUUACGAUAUAUGUGUAUUAAAUCGUAAAAGAAUUGAAGCUGAAGAUCUCAUUUUACUCAAAGUCCCGGAUAACGAGCGUAGCGUACUCCUGCUUGUAUCGAAGUUUAUAACACUUAUGAAGUCUGAUCGACUGGAAAGGCAUGAAACUGAAAGAGUAAACACGUUCGCGUCUGCUUAACUCGUGUCAGUUUCCAAGCGCGUUUGAUACAAUGGCGUUCUUCAAAUUCGUGAUCGUGUAAGCUGCCUUUCCUUUGUUUUCCUUUCCAAUGACUACGAGAAAUAAACAAUCGAGUCGAAUCGAAAUUCGCAUAACGCGUAGAACGUGUUUUCAGAGUUCUUUCUCUCGUUUUCCAAAUUUUCGAAUAUUUUUUUUUUUUUCUCGUCGUUGUUCCCAUUAAUUAUCUAACGAAUAUUUCUUGUUUAAUGAAAAAUUACCCUUUUACGUUUAUUUUGUACGAUACACGAAGUAUAACAGUAUUAACGCUAUCUAGUAGAUAGCAGCAGAUUCGUGCUAAAUUGCACUUAUCGCGUUUUAGUUAACAAUUUUUAACUAAUUUUAUUUUACGCCUACACUGCCUGUUGUUAUUCUAUAUAAGUAUCACAAUUAUAUAUGAAAUCCUUACACCUACUGUACAUAAAAUGUAUCAAGAAUUACAUAUUUUGCUACGAAGCUGCACAUACUUUGUAUCGAAUAUUUCAGUUAAUCGCAUAUCAUUUAACGAGCUUCGUAGAAAAAAAAACCUCGAAAUGGUUGUUAAUAUAUAUUCUAAAGUGGAAGGAUAAUGCGAUCGCAAUUCUAAAUUGUCCGAUUUCGGUUUCAUGCCUUCCAUGAAUUCAUUAUGUAAAAGCUUAUACGUCGCAGGAAUCAUACAAAUUACAUUUUACAUUACAUAUCGAAACAAAUAAAAGAGAAAUUAAAAAUUUUCGUCUGUAGAGUCUGAUAUCUACCAUGAAAAUUGAAUAGAACGUAGAUCAAGAUAUUAUACACAUGUAUUCGAUAUAAUUGAUCCGUGUUCUAUCAAAACACGAAGAUUCGGGAAACUUUCUUGAAUCGUAUCUUAUCAUCUAGAAAAGGAUCCGUUCAUUUCGGACAAACUUUUUUAUUCUUGAAACACGUGUGUUAAAAAAAAAAAAAAAGAUAAUUAUUAGAAUUGUAACAAAAAAAGAGAACCAAAGUAUGCUUGUAAUUGAAUAUACAUCAAUAUAGAUUUGAUUUUAAAGCAAUAAAAAGAACUUUUACCGUCUCUGUUUAACUCUAUCAAACGGAAUUUCCUUGGAACGAAUCAUUGUUUGCUAGAUCGACGCGAACGAUAUUGAAUUUAAAACCAAAAAAAAAAAAAAAAAAAAAACGAAAAAAAAAUAAAAUAAAAAAAACAAUAUAAAAAUGUACGUGACAUAGAUAUAGAAUAUUGUGCACUUGGGGAGAACUUUGUUCAGGGCUUAUUUAAUAUGUUUGUUCCACGAAGUUAACAAGAAGAAGAGCGUUGCGACGUGAUAUAUUUGAAUCCUCGUGGAUGUUUUGAAAAUUCAUCCAAGCAGUGAAGAGAUACUUAAAUGAAAUGAAAAUGCGCGCGAAGACGAAGGAGAAAAGAAUCUUAUCAGCCUUGCCGAUUAAACGAGCAAGUAAGAAUAUUUAAUAUGUUAAUAAUAUAGUUUUGUUACAAAUUUGCAAUACCAUUCGUUAAAAUAAGUUAUACGUUUUAAAUGAACUUAUUUUUUUAUUAGAGCAAACUGUUGUUGCGGAAAAACUUAUUGUUGUUCGUUUAUUUGCAGACUGAUCAAUAAUAAAAAGAUUGGAGUACAUUUAAUCUCAAGUUCUUUAUAUCUUGAAAUUGAUCGAUAUUUUCUGACAAUGCAUUUUAUUGUAACAUAUAGAUAUUAAGCAACAUGUAGAUAUUAAGUCUUUGAAAAUUUGAAAAAAGAUGCAUUGUUAAAAAAGGAAAAAAACGUCCUUUUAUCCUUUGCUAUUUCGAGUAUCGAAAAUGAAGCUAUAGGAAGAAUAAGAAAGAAUAGAUUUUCUAAAAAUAACGUACUUAUCUCUAAAUAUUACCAAUACUGUUCAUAUAUAAAGAUAUAUAAAAGAUUACCAAUGAUAUGAAAGUAAAUACAUGUAUAACGAUAUAUAAGUGAAUUAAUAAAAACAAGAUAAAGAUAAUAAUGAUAAUAGAAAAAAAAAAUUGUCGAGAUAACAUCAUUAGAUAAUCAUUGGUUGAUAUAGAAAAUAAAAAGAAAGGAUAAAUUAGACGUGUUGAUUGAUAUAUACAAAAGUACUUCAUUUAGGACCAGACAAAUUUGUAACAAAACGCAAUCGAUUAAUUAAAAAGAGAAAGUCUGUUUAAUCGGCUAGUUAGCAUAGAUGUUUUUCUUCUUGCAGGAAUAUAUUAAGAGGCAAUGUAAUUGACAAAUUGUCUGCGCGUGAAGAUGGCGAAUACUAAGAUUAUCGUGUCCGAAGGUCCGAACUUCUACUAGUCUGGCCAACGAUUGCGUACCACUGCCGAGCCAUAUGAUGUACCGUGUUAGUGUACCGUGAGUGCCCGUACACGUUUCAAUAUUUAAUGGCCAAGCACAUCCGACGACGAGACGUUCGAUGUACUUAGAGCGAACGAGAGUGAAAGAGCGAGAAAGAAAAAGCAGGAUUAAAAGAGAGAGUGUAUCAUGAUUUAUAGUAAAAAAAAAAAAAAAAAAA